AUUCUUUUGCUCCUCUUCAUAUCUUUAAUUUCAAAAGCUGUUUCAUUUGCUUAGUAAAGAAGUGUGCGUAGCUUGUUCUUGAUCUCGAGGAAAUAAAAAGAAAUGGAAACUUCAGUUCAUAACGUUUUGACAUCUCCCGUAAAAGCAGCAGCUGUUGUAUUUGCGGUGCUGCUCUUGAGCACUGCAUGCCAAGCUCAACUCACCUCUACAUUUUAUGACAAUUCUUGUCCAAAUGCACUCAAAACUAUCCGAACUUCCAUCAGAAAUUCAAUUGCCGCAGAACGAAGAAUGGCAGCUUCUCUCAUUCGUCUCCACUUUCAUGAUUGCUUUGUUCAGGGUUGUGAUGCAUCCAUCUUACUCGAAGAGACUCCAACUAUCGAGAGCGAACAGACUGCACUUCCCAAUAAAGAUUCCGCCAGAGGUUUUCGAGUCAUCGAGAAAGCUAAAUCUGAAGUAGAGAAGAUAUGCCCUGGAGUUGUAUCUUGCGCAGAUAUCGUCGCCGUGGCAGCAAGAGAUGCAUCUGCAUAUGUGGGAGGUCCAUCUUAUACAGUGAUGCUUGGAAGAAGAGACUCAACAACUGCUAGUAGAACUCUUGCCAAUAGUCAACUUCCUAGUUUUAAAGAUGGCCUGGACAGACUUAUAUCUAGCUUUCAGACUAAAGGCCUUAGUGCAAGGGAUCUGGUUGCCUUGUCGGGUGCUCAUACUCUAGGCCAAGCUCAAUGCUUUACAUUUCGUGACAGGAUAUACAGCAAUGUCAGCAUUGACGCUGGAUUUGCUAGCACUCGCCGCCGUGGUUGUCCAGCUGUCGGCGGUGAUGGAAAUUUGGCUCCAUUUGAUUUAGUCACUCCUAAUUCUUUCGAUAAUAAUUACUUCAAGAAUCUGAUACAAAAGAAAGGUCUUCUUGAAUCUGAUCAAAUUCUUUUUAGCGGAGGAUCCACGGAUGGCAUUGUAAGAGAAUAUAGCAGGAGUCCUGCAGCUUUCAACUCAGACUUUGCUUCUGCUAUGAUUAAAAUGGGAAAUAUUAAGCCUCUCACUGGAACUGCUGGAGAAAUUCGGAAAAUCUGCAGCUCUAUCAAUUAGUUUAUGCUUUUCUUUUGUAUAAGUUGAUUAACAGUAAAUAUGUGGCCGUGUAAUCCAUUUCUCAACCAAUUUUUUCAUUGUUUAAUUACUGAACCUAAAUCCUUGCAUAGUUCAAGAUCGAGCCGGAUUUAAAACAUGGAUAGAUCAACUGUCAGAAAUCGAUACUUUUCGG